AUGUGUGUUUGGUGCACUCAUAGCAUCUGUUAUGGGUUUCACUGCAUCCCAAAUGGUGAAGGUCGCAAUGAUGUAUUUUCUCCCAUCAUCACGCGCUGGGUGAAAGCACCAAAGCGAAUCAUUUACGACUUUGCCUGUGCCCUUGGGCCUUACUGCAUGACACGUGAACCCCUUUUUUUUGCAGAUACACUUUUCGCCGUUGAUGACUUCCAUGCAAAAGAUCACACGAAGUGUUCAUCAGCAGCCUUCCUCAGCUCAUACUGCAAUGUGGACCCUCGCUUGAAGAAGGUCAAUUCAAGUGCAGCAGAGUGUGGUAAUAGCGGCAUCAAGAGAAUACGCAAAUCGGUGAGGUAUAUGAGCCAAGAUCGUGCUAUAAUUUUUACGAAGGUAUUCCUUUCGAUCUGGAACAGACUGCGGAUCCAAGGGCUAGAGCAUGCAGCAGGCAAAAAUAUGGGAGGAAAAGUAUAA